UAGUUUUCCGAUGAUCGUCUUAUCAAAAUAUACAACAAGCCAUGCAUGCUUCUUUUAAGGACCGAGACUAAUAUUUGCCACACAUAUUUCGUGUGAUCCCCUUUAUUUUAUACAUGAUUUCACUCAUCACUGUUCCUGCAUCUCUUCUUUUAGUUCCUCAACCAAUCUCAUUAACUUCUCUUCAUUCAAUGCUUGAAUUAUUGACGACCCGGUCGCCCCUCCCCUUGCCUGCAAAAUUAAUUAGGUGGCGUGUAGGGAGUUUAUGUGACAUAGAUGGAGAAGUCAUCUUGAGGGAUUGCUAGAGUAGUUUCCCGUGGGAAAGUGAUCAUCGUGGCUUAAGUUCUUUUUAUCUUUCACAGCCUCAACGACCUCUCAGGGAAUUUAUUGCUCUGCAUAUGCAUUAGAUUGUUCAAGAGAGAGAUGGUGCAAUAUUCCAAGAAACCAGUCUGGCCUUAAUAAUUGCUUUCAAUUCAUUUCACCUAUAAAUCCCCUCUCUGUCUCUCUCCACUUUGUACUACGCCCUCACUUCCUUCUCUUGUUUAUAACUCUCCCGGCUCCUACUCCUUCUCUUCCUAAUUAUACAAUCGCCCAUUUCUUUCACCGGCCCAUACAUAAGUUUGCUUUCAUCAUGCACGAUAUUGCUAUGUAAUCUUGAUUUUUCUCUGUAUCAAGAUUUCUCACAUUUCAACUCCAUUCUUGUUAUUUUUAAGGUAAGCUUUUUGUUAGCAACACCCUAGCUUGAACAGUAACAAGUUCUUGCAUGAGCUUGUUCUUUUAUCUUUCAAUAUACAGUCAUGGAUAUGUCUACAGCUCUACUUCUUUUUGCUGCUGUAACUACUUAUCUACUGUGGUUAACAUUCAUCUCGCGGUCACUAAAGGGCCCACGUGUGUAUCCCUUACUGGGCAGUCUUCCUGGCUUGAUCGAGAAUUGUGACCGCUUGCAUGACUGGAUCUACGACAACCUCCGCGCGUGUGGUGGUACGUACCAGACCUGCAUCUGUGCAAUUCCCUUUUUAGCCAAGAAGCAAGGCCUCGUGACUGUCACGUGCGACCCGAGAAAUAUAGAGCACCUCUUGAAGACCCGGUUCGACAACUACCCAAAGGGACCCACAUGGCAAGCUGUGUUCCAUGACCUUCUUGGGGAAGGGAUCUUCAACUCUGACGGUGACACUUGGCUGUUCCAGCGUAAGACUGCCGCACUGGAGUUCACCACCAGGACUCUGCGCCAGGCCAUGGCUCGGUGGGUGAGUAGAGCCAUCAAGUUGAGGUUCUGCCCAGUCCUUGAAACAGCUCAGCUCAAAGGCGAGCAGGUUGAUCUCCAAGACUUGUUACUUCGGCUCACGUUUGACAACAUUUGUGGUUUGGCUUUUGGCAAGGACCCGCAGACGUGCGCACCAGGGCUUCCUGAGAACAGCUUUGCUUCAGCUUUCGACCGAGCCACUGAAGCAUCACUUCAGAGAUUCAUUUUGCCAGAAGUUUUGUGGAAGCUGAAAAAAUGGCUUCGACUUGGCUUGGAAGUCAGCUUGAACAGAAGCUUAACCCAGCUUGACGAUUACCUGACCAGCGUUAUUGAUGCACGUAAGAAAGAGUUAUUGGAUCAACAAAAAGAUCGUAACAUUCCACAUGAUGAUUUGCUGUCAAGAUUCAUGAAGAAGAAGGAAUCUUACUCAGACACUUUCCUUCAACACGUGGCACUCAAUUUUAUCCUUGCUGGACGUGACACGUCAUCAGUGGCGUUGAGCUGGUUCUUUUGGCUCCUCACCCAAAAUCCAUCGGUGGAGGAGAAAAUCUUGCAUGAAAUUUGCACGGUCUUGAUCAAGACACGUGGUGAUGACGUGACAAAAUGGGUUGACGAGCCGUUAGGGUUCGAAGAAAUAGACAGUUUGAUAUAUCUAAAAGCAGCUUUAUCAGAAACCCUAAGGCUUUACCCUUCGGUGCCUCAGGACUCAAAGCAUGUAGUUGCCGACGAUGUGUUGCCGGAUGGGACAUUUGUGCCGGCGGGAUCUUCGGUCACCUAUUCUAUAUAUGCAUCUGGGAGGAUGAAGACCACAUGGGGCGAAGAUUGCUUGGAAUUCAAGCCAGAGAGGUGGUUGUCUUCUGAUGGGAAAAAAUUCAUCAUGCAUGAUUCAUACAAGUUUGUGGCAUUCAAUGCAGGCCCUAGAAUAUGUUUAGGAAAAGACUUGGCUUAUCUUCAGAUGAAAUCGGUGGCGGCGGCGGUGCUGUUACGCCACCGUCUCUCAGUUGUUCAGGGUCACAAGGUGGAGCAAAAGAUGUCAUUAACAUUGUUCAUGAAACACGGGCUUAAAGUCAAUGUGCAUAAGAGGGAUCUGAAGGGUACCGCGGCAAGAAUAAUAAAGAAGGGUAAAGAAGGAGAGUCACGCCAGUUGCUACAUGGGAAUAAUGAGGCAAUUGCCGUUAGAUAUAACGGUGGUGGGUGUAACGGCGCUAGUGAAAGUGCUGCUGGGAAGGGAGUGGUGGUUGGGGUUGUUUAAAGGUUUUGGUGGAUUUGGAGAUGUGUAUUUAAGAAGGUGAAGGUACUCCAUGUGAAGCAAGAGAGACAAAUUAAAGGGCAUAUAUUUGCUUUCAUUUUCAUCAGGUGGGCCAUUUCUGAUUAAUGUUUCUCACAGGACACAAGAUGGUAGAGCUUCUCCUAGCUAUCUAUAUAUACAAUAUUGUUAAUGGCAUGGUCAUCAUCGACUUUAUUAUUUAUAGCUUCAAAUUAAUUUAGCUUUCAUAAAAGAGAGAGAAUAGGGAGUGGGUAUUUUGAACCCAUCCGUACGUUACAAGUAGAGCAAGCCUUUGAUUUGCAAAUUUUUAUGAUUAAGAUUCUUUAUGUUCUUGUUUGUAAUUCAUGUGUAUUUCUACUUCAUUUUAUUUAUUUAUUUUAAUGGUCUUUUUGUAAGUGCUUAAGGUUAUGAAAAUGAUUACUUGGUUAUGCUCAUA